AUGUCGUCAUCAGCUUCAGUUCCUUCAACGUCGUCGUUUCACGGCGUCUCCCAAACCCUCUUUGGGCUGCCUCAAUAUUAUGAGUAUUUGGGUGUGGCUUCCAUGUUCAUGGUGUUUGUAAUAUGUUUAUUUGCUGUGAGAUGGUGCAACAGAAGAAGCCACCGCCCCGAAGCCGAAGCUUUGCCGGUGAAAGAUCGAGAGCAGGAGAUGGUGGUCCGGGUUCAAGCCUCGGAUUUCAGUUUCGGCGGUGGCGGUGACGAUGACGACGAAUGUGCGAUUUGCCUGGGCGAGUUUGAAGAAGGGGAGAAGUGCCGGAAGAUGAGUGAGUGCGGCCACAUAUUUCACCGGAACUGCAUUGACCGGUGGCUGAGGGUGGAGCGCCACUGCCCACUUUGCCGGGGCUGCGUUUGCAUCGUCGUCCAUGACGCUAACACCGUAGUGCCUUCGACACCCCAUUAA